UAUCAAACGAGAGAAAAUUCCAAGAGUUGUUUUAUAAUUCAGAGACAUGGUAAGAGGUUCAAGAACAGGUUCUUCAGACAUGAGCGCUUGGUGUUCUGCUGUUGUGUUGUUGUCUUUGAUACUUUUGUUAUCCGUUCGUGAGAACAACGCUUCUAACUCGAUCAGAGGUUCUCAAUUCUCAGCGAAGCCUUGCGAGGAGAUUUACGUCGUCGGAGAAGGUGAGACGCUUCACACCAUCGGAGAUAAAUGCGGCGACCCGUUUAUAGUUGAGCGAAACCCUCAUAUCCAUGACCCUGAUGAUGUCUUUCCUGGUCUUGUCCUCAAAAUUGCACCUUUUUACUUCUCCAGAAAAUUGUAAGAAAUAUUAACAAAUAUAUACGUUUUUUACUUUUUUUUUUUCUCUUUUAAUUUUGUUUGAAGCAUACUUUUUCCUAUGUAAAGUAUGGAUUUAUGUAUAUACUAAAAGGAUUCCAUAAUAAAUAACACAGAGAUUUCAAAGAAA